CGGAGAUUGUGGUCACACGUAGUCAACCAGAUACCUGCACGUUUUGUUAAAAUUACACAGUAUAAACUGAGGGUUAACGAUAAAAUACGUUUCUGUUUAACUGGUCACAACUUGCAGGGCAAAAUGGGCUGUUUCUUUUCAAAAAAAUCCCGAAGGAAAUCACCUGAUAAAGAGGAGCUUACUCCACCGACGACGACGGUGGAGACUAGCAACAACAUUCUUACCAAUGUCAGCAGCAGUAAUAACACAGAGGAAGCGCCCAAGCAAUACAGUUGGGACAAACGUGAAAAGGUUGAUCCAAAGGACUACAUGCUGACAGGCAUCAAGGAUGCCACUGUAGGCCGUUUGCCCGGUACACUAAAAGGACAGCAGUUUGUCAUCCAAGACUGUGAGAACUGCAACAUCUAUGUGUUCGACAACUCCGCUACAAUCACCAUUGACGACUGUAUCAACUGCCGUAUUGUUCUGGGGCCAGUGAAGGGUAGUGUGUUUUUCAGAGACUGCAAAGACAUUAAGUGUGUGGUGGCAUGCCAGCAGUUUCGUACACGCGACUGCAAGAAAAUGGAGGUGUUUCUCUGCUGUGCCACACAGCCCAUCAUCGAGUCGUCCACGGGCAUGAAGUUCGGCUGCUACCAAUACUACUACCCAGAGCUGGCCUUCCACUUCAAGGACGCAGGGCUUAGUAUAUUCAACAACAACUGGAGCAACAUCCACGACUUCACCCCUGUGUCUGGAGAAACCAACUGGAGCUUACUGUCGGAGGGUGUGGUCGUUCUGGACCACGUGCCAGCACCAGACGCAGAGUCAGAGUUCAAAUCCGUUCGGAUCUCUACUGAUGCCACACGUAGCAUCGUGCCCAUGACCAAGGGAGGGAGGCGCAAAGAGAGUGACGAGUCUUGCCUAUUUGUCUUCUUUGCAGGGGACUAUACAACUGCGAAUGCCAGGAAACUCAUUGAUGAGGCCAGUCAAAAAGGCUUUGUGUUAGUCCAGACGAAAGAAGUGUCCAUGCGGCCCGAGGACGUGAGCAGAGUGUUCCAGAGCAAUGCUGAGGAUCUUAUUGAAUGGAUCACAAAGGGUCCAGUUGUAGCACUGGAGAUGAAUGGGGAUGGGGUUGUAGAAGCCUGCAAGAACAUAGCCAGCGAAGUGUUCAGUGGGACAAAGGUUUUUGUGUCAGAGAACAAAAGCACCUCUUGUCGAGAUGUGGACAAUUUCUUCAACUUUGCUGACAUGCAGAUGGGACUGUGAUCAUAUUUUGCAUUUUUAUUUGUUAUAAAUGCUUUUAUUUUGUUUUUAGUAGUGUAGGGUGUUAAAUAUUGUCCAAACAACCACAACUAAUUCCCCUAUGAUUUAAAGGAAUAUGGGAAACUGAACAGUGUAUUAACAAGCCAUCAAGUUGAGACUCCAUCCAGCAACUCCAGACUUUAGCAUAUGAGAGGUGGGAGCAGGAUGACACCCGUCCCUACACUAUUGGUUUGUUCCUCAGAAUCAGAAUAGUCUACAAAACAAAACAAAAUUAGCUACAUAUCAUGGCACUUUUCUUGAAAGAAAAAAAAAAAUGCUGUAUGCCACUGUAAAAAAAAUAGUACUAUGAAUAUUUAUUGAAUGUAUUUUAAAUUCUUGUUGUUGCUAUAAUGUGAAUGUAUCUGUAAAGGGGAAAUUUAAGUGACUUUUACUUUAUGACCUCUUUUCAUAGUGGAUGCUUGAUAGCCUUGAUAACUAUCAUGCCGUUUCUUUUCUUCAAGUAUUCAACCGUAUGUUUUUCAGCAGUGAGUAUACUAGAUAUUGGUGGUUUCGUGAUCUGUGUAGAAAUGCUAUUAAGGUGAUUGGUCAAAAGAAUCUGAUUUAUAAAUAGUUCACCUGCCUUCUCUGAUUUUGGUUCACAUUGAUGACAAGGUGUAAUUUAUUUGGUAAACAGCUGUGUAAUUUUAUUAGAGAUGUCUUUUAUUUUGUAACGUAGUUUGUUUUAUACUCAACUUGUAAAUGUAUUUUUUUAUUGGAAGCAAGGCUUAUUUAAACCAUUUCAUCAUAUAAAAUCAAGUGAAAGUAAAUUCUCUCUUAUUCCUUAAGGUAUUGUUUUGCCCAAAUGGAUGUGUUAAAAAAUAAAUAUAUAAUUAUAAUGUAUUCAUUAAGCAGACGCUUUAGUCCUAAACAACAAACUGUACCAAGUGGCUUGAAGCUGUGAGCUCUUGAUCUCUAGGCAGAUGCUCUAACCACUGAGCUAAACCUAUCCCUAAUCCUGAUGUCAAUGCAACCCAUAUGGGAAAUUCUAAGAUGAUUUUAUGUGGCAAGUAGCCUAAACACAACAUUGAUUUAGACUUUAGAUUCCUCUCAUAAAGUAUGGAUGAUGGUUAAUGUUCAACCUGUUCUAUGUACAUCAUGGGGUGCUUUUUAUUGGAAUAUUUGUGACAUUACAAUCUAUGCUUUGUUACAAAAGAAAGAAAUCACUUGUAUUUGGAAAAUGAAUGAUAGUAAUUGUACUUCUUUAUUUGAAAAUAAAUAAAAAUGUGUACAUGACGGUAGAAAUAAAUGUAA